UUUAUAGAUUUCGAGAGAGCAGGGACGGGGAAGCAGAAGAAGUUAAGAGGAGUGGGGGUGAAGGGUGCGUGAAAUGGGAACAGUUACUCAGUGGAAGCAGCUUCUUCUAAGCGCAUUAGAGUCAAACUCUCACCUCAAGCACUCUCCUUACUUUCAAUUUGCAACGGUUGGAUGUAAUGGCAGACCAUCCAAUCGCUCUGUCGUUUUCAGAGGAUUUGAAGAAAAUAGCGAUAGAAUCCAAAUCAACACAGAUUGCCGUACACGCAAGAUUGAAGAACUAAAGCAUUGUCCAUUUGCCGAGAUAUGUUGGUAUUUUUCUGACUCUUGGGAGCAAUUCCGGAUCAAUGGAAGAGUUGAUGUUAUAGAUGGGUCCAAUCCUGAUCCGGAAAAGCUUCAGCAAAGAGAGAAAUCAUGGUUUGCUAGUUCUUUGAAAUCAAGGCUGCAGUACUUGGGACCUAAUCCUGGUCUUCCUUGUCUAAGUGAGCAAUCUCUGAACGAAUUCUUUCUUGACCCCUCUUCAGGCCCAGUUGCCACAUUUUGUCUGCUGGUUUUAGAUCCAGAUCAGGUUGACUACUUGAAUUUGAAGAGUAACCAGAGAACAGUGUCCACCUUGUCACGAUGUGCCAACGGAGAAAUGUGUUGGAAUUCAGAGAUGAUCAAUCCGUAAAUCUACAUAGAGAAAGAGUUGCUAAUUUGCAGCCAUUAAUUGUUCAUGUAGCAGAGAAUAAAGAAGAACUCGCUGAAGUUUGCUUGAAUGAGUUUUAUAUAGUUAUCUGUUUUGCCGUCAAUAAAAGGACCAAGAUGUAUUAGCUAGAAAAAUCUUCAAUGUCAUCUUAAUGUGAAAAAACCCUGAUCAGGCCCUUGGAUUUAAAACUGUUAUUAGAACAUAACCUUUAUAUCUAUAUAAGAGUUUUAGUUACCACUUGGAUGUGAAA